AUGUUGGAUGCUCUCUGUUCUAAUGUAAAUGACUUUGGCCAAUGUUUGAACUCUUGGUCCUGUGACACAGAAGUCAGUAGCUGUACCUGUUUUGAGGGACAACCAUAUUGUCGGUGCAAUAACCUAAAAGGUGAGUUUUACAUCGACGAAGACUGUUCUCAGAGAUGGACAAUAGUGACCUUUGCCCUGGUGGCGUCUCUGCCCGGUCUCACACUUGCUAUACUUGUGGGGACGAUUGUUUAUGUGAUAAUGCUGCCAUCAAGCAAGAGCCACAAAAGUAACGCAGUCAACACGGCUUCUCCCAAAGAACAGGAUCUAUUCCCCGGAAUUACAUUUGCCUCUGAUCUGAAUGGUCGAACUGCCCGUAACACAAGACCUUUGCCACAAAACCACAUUCCCAUGAUAACCAUUCCCAACAGUGCCAAUAGUAUGUCCGGUGGGACACGUGAUCAACCAAUGCGAGGUCCUUCUCGGCCCUACAGUAUGUCCAGUGGCACACGUGAUCCUCCUGUGGAAGGUCCUGCUCGACUCUACAGCAGUUCAGCAGGUUACGGUCAGACUAUGAAUAACCCGUAUGCUAGAGAUUCACCCAGCAGAAACCCCUAUGACAACCGCAGUGCUUCUCUUGAACACCGUAAUGAUUACAGACAACAUGCACCUUCACAUCCUUAUGAAGACGGGAACUCGUCCUAUUCUCCUGCUCAAUUCUACGCUUCUGAUCGUGGAAACACUCGAGGUGGAUUUCCACGACCUCAUGUCAACCUACAAUACUAG